UCAAUCCACAGAAAACAAGGUUUAACGUUAUCUAAACCUUCCAAUUACGAGCGUUUUUGGAAAAUUGAUAUUUUCAGCUGGUAGUUUUCUAGAUAGCUGGAUAAAGACCAGGGUAGCCCCAUAAAUACUUUUUUAUAAGAAUACCUAGGUUUUUUCCUGAGCCUCAAUAUUCUUAAUCUUUUACAAUUUCGAGCCUAAGAGUAUUCUUAAAUUAUUUUCAAGUGACAUAAUGUGCAACUGAGUCGUACUAUGGUGUUAAUGACUCUAAGACCGGAUACAUCAUUUCCAAAACAUAUAGCGUUGAAAUCAUUUGUUUUGCCUUCCAAAAAACUCAAAUUAACAAAAAAUUUAAUUCUUGAUUAAGCUUGAGCUUUGCAUUAUUCUCAAAUUAGUCUUAGAUUUCAGCGAUUUUGAGCGUUAAUAUUCUUAUAAAAUACAUUCCUAUAUGAAAAAGUGUGUAUUGAAAGUGACCAACCUGAAGACGGAGGCUUGUGAUCAGAGUGUCGUACAGCCGGUUAGCGGCAAAAUAUUUUGCGCGUCGCCUUUCGGCCGCAGCUUGCAGGCGCAGAUGCCCUUUGCACAGCGGCUGCAAACAUUUUUGCUCUGUGUUGGAUUUACAACCAUACUUUUGGUUCGGAUACAUGCUCUGGUAUAUCUGCAGUGGUAUUGUAGAUUUUAAAAAGAUGCAAAGUCGGAAAUAUAAAGUUUGACUAACAAAGUCCAUUCCCUUACAAUUUUACCCUUGUGUUGUCAUAAAAGCAACAUAAAGUGUACUAGCAUUAUAAAAUCUACCAUGUAGACUAAAGUCCAUAAUCAGAAUCUGACGUAAAAAAUGUAUUGCAUCAAAGAAUGAACCAUUUUCAAAUUGGUUUUUCUGACAAAAUUGAUCUAGUGUGGUAGCACUGCAAUCUGAAUUGCUUUUGCAUUGCCCAUCUACCUUAAGUGGCACAACAGUUCUUGCUAUUGUCCAGAAUCUAGAAUGCAUUUGAAACCUGGCAAACCAACCCAGACAAUAUGCCUAACCAGGCAGCCACGCAGAAACCAGUGUUUCUAUAGAGGAAGUCUUCCGUCCUGCAAAUGGGUACUCUCUUCCUUGUAAAACAUUGAUGUUAUCAUAUCUUAACAGAUAGUACCGCGUAUUAGUCCAUAAAGGUCGAUUGCCACUUUAUUUCCGGGCUUGUAUUCUAGUCGCUGCGACUUUUAAACAUUGUCUGCGAUGUUAUUGUUGUCGGUUCGUUGCUAGGUGACUGCGAUUACAAAUAUUUAAGAUAUUCGGCAGAGAAGCCGCAUUUGACCCGAGUGCUUGAUGAGACCUGUUAAGGGUUAAGGAUGAACAGCUGACUGGUUAUAAGAAGCAGGGAUCAAUUGUUUUGAAUAAGGAUCAACGUCCGCUCGACAAUAUGCGAUUCUCUGCGAACAACGGUCCGGGUCGUAAGGCCUUACAAGGGAGUACCUCUUGAACCCUUACGUAAAGUAUCUGAUGCGCAUCAAUGCUCAUCUCUCCGUCUUUAAACUAGAAAUUCAUUUUCAACCGCUCAAAGCCAUCGUAUCCAUGGCCGUCUAAUGGAAGAGGACUUUUUCAACUUCUUCGUGAAUAUGCCAGGAUUAUUAAGAGAUGAAAACAGCGACGAUGAAAGUUACAAUGGACGCAUACCAAAAUCUCCCUUGGAAGGUUCUAUGGUCGAUCAGUUUGGCAAUUUAUCAAAUACUUUCAAUGGCCCUCUUAAUGGAAUGCCUAACCCACAAAACUUCAUGUCAGCAUACACAAACCUCCUGCUGCGAGCUGACACUCUAGCAAGGUUCCAGCAAUCAUCUUCUACCAACUAUGGAGUCUCCGGCACAGAGCACGUAUACGAAAUGGCCGCGCGGUUGCUCUUCAACGCCGUCGAUUGGGCCCGCAAUGUCCCGUUCUUUUCUGCGUUGGCAACGACAGAUCAGGUUGCGUUACUUCGAAACUGCUGGAGUGAGCUGUUCAUAUUGAGUACAGCGCAGCAUUGUAGCACGUUUCAGUUUAAUCCAAGGUCGCUUGCGGCUUAUGGCAACGGAGAGAAUGGUCAGAUGAACGGGAAGCGGUCGCCAGAUGACAGCAGCGGAAAUAACAAUCAAGACCACAUGAAGAUGUUCGAGGAUUUGAUAGAAAAAUUCAAGGCGCUGCAGACGGAUGCGGCAGAAUUCUCCUGCUUAAAAGCGUUGGUUCUUUUCAAUCCAGAUACCCCUGGGAUCAGCAACCCGCAGCUUAUAGAAAACCUGCAAGAGAAAGCACAAGCAGCACUUGAAGAAUAUUUACGGCAGCAGCACCCGUCUCAAUCAAGUCGUUUUGGCAAGCUUCUAUUACGUCUGCCGGCACUUCGUCUUAUCAGACCGGGGGCAAUUGAAGGGAUUUUCUUCUCCAGGAUGAUUGGAAAUUACAGUGUUGAGAACCUGUUAAGUGGGAUGCUUAUGUCAGGGAAUACAUUUAACACAAACUAUUGCAGCAGUGGAAAUACAGGCGUGAUGAAUAACUUAGGCAAUGGAGGUUGUGGCCUAUCUGUAAACAAUAACAUGGGAACAGUACCAUGUACAAUGCAAAGCCAGAUCAAUGGCUUUCAAGGCAUGCAGUUGAAUGGCAGCGUGGGCCUGUCAUCUGUCAAUCAAAUCAAUGGACUCGGGACAACACAAAAUCUGGGCUCAGGCAAUGUAAACGGCUUCGGGUCAGGUAUGACAAACAGCUUGAAUGGAAUGCCCAAUAUAAUGAACACUGUACCAUUACAGUUUUCUCCUAAUUUCACAUCCAUGAGCGGGAUGACAUACAAUUUUGGAACGUCGACGCCUGGUAUAAAUGGGCUUGGACUCGUUGGAAAUCCAACAUUGAAUACGAGUGGUAGUACUAUGUCACGUACCCCAAGCAGCGCCGGUUCUGAUGGGGAGAAUGGUCACGGAAGUCCCCCAGGGCAAGGGGGAAACACAACAAAGACCCUGAACGGGACACCACCACGAUAGCAGCUAAACAGAUAACUGUUGUCACUCACGAUUGGGGUAUCUAAUGUCAUGCUGCUGAAGUACGAAUGUUUGACAUAAAGAGAUACUGUGAACAUAUCAAAAGACGUGCUUAAGCUCCUGGUAAAACCAACCGACUUAGGCAGCUAAAGCAAGAAAGUGCAACGAGUUACUGAACAUUCUACUGUAAAUUAUGCUAAUAAAAAGUCUGAAAAGUACAACAAGAGAGAUCCGACACACAAUUUUAAGCAAACCAGAGACUUUUCGACAAAACAGGUGCUUUUCGACACAUCAGGUGCUCGCCUGGGAUUGCUUCCCAAAACCCAUGAGAUAACUUUUGAAGCAACAUUUACAGUUUGCUCCAUAUAGAGACAAGAAAUUGAAUCAUAGAAGAAUUCAAUUAUUGUACUUAAGGGAAUUGAUAUUUUUUCAAUGAUUGUUAUGUAAAGAUAAUAAAUAAAUUACAAUAGAGAAAUAGUCUUCAAAAAGGAAGGGAUAUUUAGAACAGAUUGAAUCAAAUAUAUUUGCUUUACUCUCUCGAGAUAAAAAGAAAAUAUUAUGAGGUGUUGAUAACUGGCUAGUUUGGAGUAAACAUAUUUGUAUCUGGACCAUUUUCAAUAAGAAAUGAAAAACAUUCUAUUUAGCCACUAAUAAAUAGUGAUCAAUUAGAUUUUAAAAUUGCUAGGUUUUAUAAAAUAACAGUCACUGAUAAACAGUGAUAAAUUAGAUUUUUAAAUUACUAUGUUUUAUAACAUAACAAACAGCGAAUUUAAAGAGAAAUGACAAGCAAAAAGAGCUCUCCCAUCCCUGUCACCAUAUUCAGAAACUGUUCUUGAACAUGUAAAUAAUAAAGUUUAACAGCAAUUCAGGGCCAAAAUAUUAGCUUAAAAAAUCAUCUUAAUAGCUGCUGUGUUCUGAAGUAAUAACUGCAAUAAAUUUUGAGCAUAAUAUUAAAAUUGUUAAUUUGCCAAAUAUUGUUAUCUAAACAAGUAGUACUUUGGUAGAUUUUUUAUUCUUAAGUAUAAUGUGAUCCCAAGGAGCAUACAAUGUUUUGUGUUUUUAAUGGGAAAAUAAUGAUACUUACAACAUAUAUUAUUUAUGUAUUAGCAUUACUAGAUAGAUUUAUUUAAUUAGAUAUAAAAUUUUUGAUUAAGUAAAUAGAAUUUAAAUUAUAUAAAUUUGUAUUAUAUGACAUUUAAAUAAAACUAAAAUGUUAUAGAAAGGAUUUAUUUUCAAAUAUUAUGUCUUUAUUGUUCAAGUAAAGGAAACAAGAAAAGAGAUUUGGAGAUGUCACGAAACAUAUUGGGGGAAUUUAACAUACUGUGAAUACAGAAUAAAGCCACGUUUGCGUUUUUUUCGUGUCACAACAUUUAAAAGAAAAGAGAUGAUGAAAAUUACUGUUUACCGUUCUGUCGUAAAUUCCUCGAUGCCGUCCGUAUAGGCAGAGCUGUACACGCUAUUUGGUGUAUAGAACAAAACGGUUUUAAGUUGCUACUCCAAAUUUCACGCUUAAUACGAUAAUUAGACAAUUGUUAACGAGAGAGAUACCAUCUCAAGGCACCAGAAGCAGAAGAGGAGAUACAAUUUUCAUUUUCUUUAUCUGUGUGAUGCUGCAACAAAAAGUCUGAAAACAAGCGGAAAUUUGAAUGCACAUACCUGAAGCAUCUUUAAAAACUCCUUAAGCAUCAUAUAUUCUUGAACUGUUCUUGAAACAUCUUCUAUAGGCAAGCAGCACUGAUUUAGCACUCAGAAAGGAGUUCGUUUUCACCUUAGGACUCCAUUGGUAACAUUCACAAUAGGCAAGCGGCACUGAUUGGCCAACCUCAACAGUCAUGUGCUUGCAUUUCUGAUUGGCUUAUUUCGAUCCACAACUGGGUAUAUAUAUUUCCUAGCGUAGAGUUCUGACGCUUUAUACUCUGAAGAUUGUCAGACGAAAAGAUAUAUAUGUAUCAAAAUGUUUGCUUUUUUCAAAGCCAUUUUCAAUUUUUGUACCACCAAAAGAUUGUUUGAAAGUGUUUUCUUAAGCAUUUUGGUCGAUUCCUAGUCUUGAAAAAGACUUGUAGGUAGGAUGAUUUGUAAAAAGGAGUUUGACUUUUGCCCAACAGAAUGGAGCAUAUAACCUUUGAAUAAUAAAUUGAGUUUGUUUGUUUAUUCAUGUCCACACCCAAAUCUCUAUCAGUUUAAAAAGAAAAUAGCUAAAAUUUUAAUUGGAAGAAAUACAAAUGCUCUCCCAAAGUGCUUGCGUUGCACUGCCUCCAGAACUCCCUUACUCUUGCUUUAAAGAAUCUCAUUAAAACAGAGCCUCUUAUUUGCACUGGGAUCUCGUUCCAAGCACUUGUCCCUGGUAUCCGAAGAACUUUUUGCAAAAGUAUUACAACAGGCACCAGCUGU